GCGGCGUGUGGAUUUAGAGAUUCUCUUCGUCAAACUACUGGCUAAUGAGUUUCAUCGUUGUUUGAUACUUUACAGCAACGAGCAACGUGAACCGUAGAGACGAACGAACGAAGAAACGUAGAAAUAUGGAAGCCGCAAACGGUGAGUCGAUAUCCUCGGAGAUAAAGUAUAACGAUUGACCCGUAAAAAAAAGCAGCGAGAUUCCACCUCUCGACGUGAUUCUCUCUCCAUCGAUCGGAACUUUUAUUCGAGACGUUUAAAACCCGAUAAACUUCAAAUUAGAAACAAUAGGAUGCAACGCUCGAGCCAAUUUAUCUAACAUUCGAAAUUCUCUGGUUGUUACACAUCGUAUACUGGUCUACUCUCUUUCGCACGAUACAACGGAGAAAUCACGAAGGAGAACGUAUUCGUUCAAUUAUUUCUACGAAACGAUCGCUACUGUCAAGUGAGCUGAAAAAUUUCUCGUCAAAGUCAAGAACCAUAAAAUAUUAAUUUACCACCGACACAGAUAUCCAUUUGGAAACUAUAUUUGUAACGUUAACGAUCAUAAUUUCGAUAUAACAAGGUACAAUACGAACGACCAGAGUAUAUUAGAUGAGAAACGUUCUUUUCGAGGCUAAAACGACGAUGACGUGCGAACAUGAGAAAAAUUCAUCCUCGAACUGCUUCUCGAAAUCGACGAACGCAAAUGAUAUCGAUUAGGCAACGAUCUGCAAAAAAUAAACGAUUAACGUAAAUAAUCGACGGGCAAUUAAAGGACGAACGUUGGCACAGAAAGACCGGAAAAACUGGAAAGACUGGAAAGAGAGCGCCUAAAGUUACGUUGAGAGCGCCACGUCGAAGAAGGUUGGAAUGAUGAGUCAUCGGGGAACCGGACGAAAGCACGAUGAGAGGCAGAGGAAAAGGGGACACGAGAGGGGACACGAAAGGGGGAGAGGACAGGCUGGUUGAAAGUCGAGCGAUCCGUGAUUCGAGUGGCGAAAAAAGAGACGCUGACAAGGCUCGUUCCGACCGUUUAUUUCUAUAUCUACCCGUCGGUGGAUUUACAUAAGGAUCAAUGUCGCCUAUUCCUCCGGUUCUGAUGCUGUGGCUUCUGCUGGUGUCGCUGCCGCUGCCGCCGGCGCAAGCCGGCGAAAUGAUGGAUCUCUUUGCUCUGAUACGGGGAACGCUUAAAUAUUGGCGUAGAAUCUACCAGAUGUACGAGGAGGAAGUGGCUCUCGGCUAUUGUUGGGCGGAGUACUUUCUGCAUCACGAGGAAGACGCGACGAACGCCACGAUCCCGUCGUCCCAGUCGAUCGACCCAUCGAAUUUUCUGCCAGUGGAAAACGACGGUUUUGGAAAACACCACUGGAACCAUUGGGGGAUUAUUGCGAUAGAAAACCGCGGGACGCGUUAUCGCGGCAAACGAUCUUAUGCGAUACAGAGUUCGACGAGGAAAGAAGAAAUGUUUGACGCAUCGAGAAAUUCUAAGACAAUGUACUGGCGCACAAAGCAAAGGUAUAAGUGGAGAGGGAACGGACUCGAGUCGAAUUUCACGCGUAAUAAGAACAAUCGUUCUACGAGUUGCGCGAACUUUCCCAGGAAUACGGAAAGGAAACUUGCCGUUUUAACGGCGGACAGCGGCAAAGAAACGCUAAAAUCUACGAAGGAAAGAGAAAUUUCAAAGACUCGGGAGAAGAAUUUUAGCCCGUGCUCGAAAAACAUAGAAAACGUAGCGUCCGAAUCGAGUAACUUAUCGGAAUUGAGAUCGAAUUGGAGAUUCGCCGAGGUGUCGAGUAAUUUGGCAAAUCGUAAUAAACGAUCCUAUAGAGCGCACAAUUUUAAGAAGAAAGAUGAAAUUUCGAAAAUCUUAAACAAGCAUGUUCGUGCAUCGUCAAAAAAUUGGACGCCAACGAAUGUGAAUUUUCGAUCUUCGAUCGAAUUUCCUAUCGAUACGCGAGAAUACAGCUAUAGCGAGAGUUCUCGCGGAACGCUGAAUUCAACGAAGGAAAAGGAGAUUUCGGAGAAUAUCGGUGGGAGGGACGCGACUCCUAUCGAGAAAUCUGUGCACAUAGCUUCGAACGCGAGUCUAGGAUCUAGCGUGACAGAGUUCGAGUGGAAUAGAAAAAAUUCGAUUUCUAGAUCUAACGCGAUCAACGAUCCUGCCAACUUUAUGAAAUCGGUAGCUUCGAAACUAAUUUCCAAGGUUUCACCGAAGAAUUCAAAGACUACCGAAUGGAACGCUUCCGUUAAAAAGCCCGCGACUUUCGAUACGCAUUCGGGAACCGACGAAGCAAAACUAGAAGCAAACGUGAAAACUCGGAAUCCGGGGAACGACGAUCCCGUAAAGUACGAAAGAUUUCCUAGGAAUGCACCGCGUCGUAGUAGACGUUCCUCUGAAAUAUCGAACUCCGUAGACGCGAAUAUCGAGGAAACGUCGAAGAUCGCUAGCGAUGCCUUUGCUCGAGAACUCGCAAGUUGGAGCACACGCUCGAAAACUAGCAAGACGAAGUUUAAAUCGAACGAGUUAUGCUCGAGUUCCAGAUGGAAGGAUAUCGAUCCUGUAACCGAUCGGAUCGAACGGGCAUUUCCCAAAGAUACGCGGCACGAUUACUCUGCCCUCGCCGACAAACGUUUCAUCGAACCGUCGUACCUGCCUCGAAACUCGAACGUGGACAAAUUUUCAAAUACUUCGAAGAGUAGUAUUUUUGAAAGAAGAAAGGGUAGAAAAGUGGCCGUCGAAGAGGCAACUUCCGACGUACGCUCAAAAACCAGCAAAGUGAAAGUUUGGUCGAACGAGCGGAGAAACGCUGUUGGCUCUGAUUCGAGAUCGAUAAACUGUGUCUGUCAGAAAGGUAUUUGGCUCGCGAUCGUCGACGACGUCGAAGGAGUCUCGUUGCUCGUUCCAUCUUCGUCGACGAAAGAACAACCGGAGAAUCGGCAGGAUCGCUCGUCCCCGAGGGAGAAAACGGAGAAGAUGGCGCGGAUGGACGCGGAAUUUAAAAGAACUCGAGCAGAAGGCGAUCUUAGCGGAAAGUCGGAGAAUCUCCGAGUGGAUAGGCGUCGUAAACUUCUAUUCUCGAAGACGAAUCGCGUUACUUCCGGUACGGUCUCGCGACUAGAGCCAUCGAAACGAUCUCGUUCGUUGCCUCUCGGAGAGAUCGCCUCGUUGAAUCGGAGAUUUAAGAACACCGAGACGAGCAAUCGAGUCGAUAAUAGUAGGAAACCGAGCGAUGUUUUCCACCUGAGAAAGUUCGGCCCGUCGAUGCUCGCGUUUCAAAAUACGGAACAACGUCCGGCGACUUGGUGGGACAAUUACCGGCAAAAUUUACGUCGUAAACGUGACGCAAACGAUCGUACAAGAAGCCGGUUCGUUCGGUCUCCGUCGAAGAGCAAACCCGUCACUUUCUACAACGCGAUGACUCUGCGUGAAAUUGCGAGAUUCGGCGCGAGGUACGCCACGUCCGACUACGAUAUUUGGACGAACGGCAUCAAAAAUCUAUCGAGAAGCGAGGAAGGAUCGUCGGAGGGAACUAGAUUCGACGAUCCGAAGGAAACGGUAUAUCGUUCGAAGCGAUACCAAGAUAGCGGUCUAGCGACGAGCCGCGAAUCACCACCCAUUGUCGUCGAAGAAGCCGAAAGCGGUCUCUUUCGCCUAAAAUCGGAGAGGAAAAUUCGGAAAUGGCUGCAAAGUCGAAAGGAAUGGAACGCCUCGAAACGAUCGUCGACCACGAACGAUGAUAAUCGGUAUCGAAGGAACGAUCACGGUUACAUCGUUGAGACGUCGGUUACCGAACGAACGGGAAAAAAGUCAGCUACUCGACGUCCCGAGGGAGGUCCCUCGUUACUUCCCGUCACCUACCAACGAUUUAUGGGGGAUUACGGCAGUCGAUCGUCGAGGACUAAGGAUCAAGGUCGACGAUUCUCGAUGGCAAAAGUCGAGACACGUGAAACGAAUAGAGCUCGCGACACGCUUUUCUAUUUUCGCCAAGUGUUUAUGGGUUUUUUAAGGACCUUGGGAUUCUUCUUGAACGUGGGUAGACAGCUGAUGGAUUACGUGGACUCGAACAGCGUGCUUGCUUGCACCAAGGACUAUUUACUGGGCAAGGCUGUUCAUUGGAUAGAUUCGUGAAUCGCGAGAAUAGCGAUUCGAAGCGAAAGAGAGAAAGAGAGAUCGUUUCUUUCGCCGGACUACUGGAAAGUAGAACGGGUGCAAAUGGCCAAGCGAAUACGGCUUUAGACGUUAGAUACGAGGUCGGUAAAUGGAUUUACUAAGGUGAGUCACGAUUGUUCGCUUAAUUUGAAUUGUAUUUUAUAGAUCGACCGUCUUACUUGGGUAAUGUUAUUCGCGCGAAUCAAGCUUCGUCGUACUCGCGGCAAGAUGGAACGAGCAUACCGAAUUCGAUAGAUUUUCCUUCGAAGAACGAAAUACCCGAGUACUUUGCGCAUACAUUUUAUGACUCAUCUUAGUUACGGCGUUUUAUUUACCAGGUGCUUCUUUAUAAAGGUUAAAACAACGGAUGUAGUAGCUUUUAUCGUAGCACGUACGAUUGCUGCGUGUGAUCGUUGCGUUUCUCGAUUAUAUUUAGCGUUUGUUUAGAUUUCGUAUUUCGUAUAUGCGACGAAAAUGUACCGACUCGUACAAAUAUAGCUUCGUAAAAUAACCUGUUACUGGGAUGGGUUGUAUUUAUUUGAAAAUUGGCCGAAUUAUUUCUCUCCGCUUAUCGUUGGAAACUUUGACGAUUAUUCGAUCAAGCUCUUGAUUCUUAGUACGGAUCAUCGAUAAUCUAAAGAAGAUAGCUCGUUGGAAGGCUAAAAUAAUUAGAUAUCGAACUCUUUGCUGCUCGUUUCUACGUCUACUUAUUAGUAGCCAAGCGUCUUUAUCUUUCAAACGUGUCGUCAUCAAACGUGUUAUUUGUUACGCAAUGUUAGACAUAUUUCUUUGAUUUAACCAAUAAGUGUGUAAUCGAAAGAUAACUUGUAACAUAGGAGACUAAGAUUUCUAUAUUUAUUAAAUAUUUCUAUAUUUCUUUACAUAUAUAUCGUUUUAUCUACGUAUAUCUUACUCUUACACUUAUAUUUCAAAUAAGUUCGAUUCAUAUAUCUUCGUUGUACUUGGUAAUAUCACGAGACAAGAUUAUUCGAUAAAACCAGGCGCGAACGAACGCGCGAUUUGACGGACAAACUUUCUCGAAGGGACGCCAUCAAAGACUUUGCGAUUACCGUCGAAAUGCUACCCCUAGAGCGGUCGUUACCUGCAAACGCAAAAACCACGCCUGCUAGCCUCGCUAGAGGGACCACCUUCGGUCUUCUUAUCCGG